GACACCAUGGAUCUGCGUCUCUCUGCCUGCAUCCUGCUGGUACUUUGUGCGACAUGGAGUGCAAAUGGAGGAAAUAUUUUGGUGUGGUACACCGAUGGCAGCCACUGGAUAAACAUGAAGCCUGUUCUGGAGACGCUGGUUGACAGGGGACACCAGGUGACUGUACUGGUCCCGAGCUCGUCAAUGUACAUGAACACCAAUGAACCCGCCCGCUUUCACUAUGAGCCCUUCAACGCCUCUUUCUCAUUGGAGACUAUAGAAGAUUUUUUUGAAGAGUUCCUCCAAUUCGCCUUAUACGAGUUGGAUCAUAUGAACUACUGGGAGAUCUACACCAGAUUCAUUAAAUAUGUGAACACACACAUUCAGAUUUCUAUCCAGUAUUUGGACGGUGUGGUGAAAUCAGAAGUCAUCAUGAAGAAGUUGAAAGAGGGAAAUUACGAUCUUCUCUUGGCAGACCCCGUCAAAGCUGGCAGUGACUUAGUAGCAGAUAUUUUGGGAAUCCCACUCGUCUUCUCCUUGCGCUGCUCCUUAGUUAAUAACUGGGAGAGGCAUUGUGGUCAGAUGCCUGCUCCACCAUCCUUUGUUCCCGGUGCCAUGAGCAAACUCACAGAUAAGAUGGACUUCUCAGAGAGAGUGUGGAACUUUCUCUUCUACGCUUUCCACGAUAUUGUGAUUGAUCACACUUUUUGGAACGUAUUAGACAGAUAUUACUCUGAUGUCAAAGGAACUCCAACCAGUGCCUGUGAGUUGAUGAGUAAAGCAGACAUCUGGUUAAUCCGAACCUACUGGGAUUUUGAAUUCCCUCGUCCUUUCCUCCCCAACUUCAAAUUUGUUGGUGGGAUCCACUGCAGACCUGCUAAACCUUUACCAGAGGAUCUGGAGGAAUUUGUGCAGAGUUCUGGAGAUGAUGGCAUUGUGAUCUUCACUUUAGGAUCCGUAAUCAACAACGUCACCAAGGAGAAGGCAAACAUGAUAGCCUCAGGCCUCGCUCAGAUCCCACAAAAGGUGCUGUGGAGGUACAGAGGAGAAAAACCAGAAACCUUGAGUGCCAACACUAGAAUAUAUGACUGGAUCCCUCAGAAUGACCUCCUGGGUCACCCUAAAACUAGAGCUUUCAUUACUCACGGAGGCACAAAUGGGAUUUAUGAAGCCAUCUACUACGGAGUUCCCAUGGUGGGCAUACCCAUGUUUGGUGACCAGCCAGACAACAUGAUCCAUAUGAAGGAAAAAGGAACUGCAGUUAUUCUCAAUUUGAACUUCAUGACAGCUGAGGACCUAAGAGAUGCAGUCAACACAGUCAUCAAUGACAAAUCGUACAAAGAAAAUGCUAUGUGGUUGUCCAGCAUCCACCACGACAGACCCAUGAGUGCUCUGGAAGAGGCAGUAUUUUGGAUCGAGUUCACGCUGAGAAACAAAGGGACCAAGCACUUGAGGGUCCAGGCCCAUGAGCUCACCUGGUACCAGUAUCACAGCCUGGAUGUCCUGGGCUUCUUCCUCACUAUAGUUCUACUCCUCAUAUUCAUCUUCAUCAAGACCUGCAGUUUCUGUUUGCACAAGUGCUGUGUCAGGAAAGGAAAGAUAAAAAGGAAGGCUGAAUAACAACUGAAAAAGGUGCUGUGAGUGCUGGGCCAGGGCAAUAUUUGUUACCUACAUGAGACUUUCUUUCAUGUAUGUUGAGUUUCCCACCAUCUUAUUCUUUAUGCAUCACCACUGAUUACUUUAACUGAAAACAGGUGUACCAAUUUGCAGAAGUGUAC